AUUCUAAAACUAAACCAGCCCCAUAUAACACCUGGCUGGCUUCUCAGACGAAAAAGCACAGAACAGUACACUCUCGUCCAUGGCGGUUUGAGCUCCCAAACCCUAACAAGACCUUUAGCCAAUUCUCUCUCUCUCGGUGUGACUCCUCUGCAAAAUGGAUAGCCUUCGGGACACUUACAGAGCUGAGGACGAUGACGGCGAUUCAUCCAACAACAACGAAAUCAAUGAUAUUGCCAUCACUGCCGCCGCAACUCCCGAUACAGAAACGGAACCACUAAUCGAUCCCCAAGAGGAACCAAUUGCCUCCGAAGAUCUCUCCGACGAUGAUGAUCAAAUCUCAGACAAUCCACAGAUUGAGAAACCGAAUCAAGACGAGAAAGAAGACCUAAGCGAUUCUCCAAAAUUCACCAAAGUUUCCGAAGAUGAAGACGAUGAUGAAGAUGAAGAAGAGCCUCAGCCGAAGAAGCAGAAACAACUUUCUUCUUUGACGUCUCAGGAAACCCUAGCAAAUGCUGAUGAAGCGGCGGCAACUACACCACCACAACCCACAACGAAGAGAAUGACAGCCGCCGCAACAACAACAACAGUAGUGAAGAAAUCGACCAAGAAGAAGAACAACAAUGUGUGGACCAAACCGACAUCGCGAAAAGGUAAAAAGAAAACUAAGAACAAUAAUCAAACUGGCCAAACUGAGGACACUGUGUUAAUCACUCCAAUUCCUCGAUUCCCUGAUAAGACCGAUGAUUCACCCGAUAUGAAAAUUUGUUUGUCUAAGGUUUACAAAGCAGAGAAAGUGGAAUUGGGUGAGGAUCGGUUGAGUGCUGGUAGUACAAAAGGGUAUAGAAUGGUUAGAGCCACUAGAGGGGUUAUGGAAGGUGCUUGGUAUUUUGAAAUUAAGGUUGUCAAGUUGGGUGAGACGGGGCAUACGAGACUCGGGUGGUCGAUGGAGAAGGGGGACUUGCAAGCGCCAGUUGGAUAUGAUGCUAAUAGUUUUGGGUAUAGGGAUAUUGAUGGGUGUAAGAUACAUAAGGCUUUGAGGGAGAAGUAUGGGGAGGAAGGGUAUGUGGAAGGUGAUGUUAUUGGGUUUUACAUUAAUUUGCCCGAGGGAAAUUUGUAUGCACCAAAGGCUCCCCAUUUGGUUUGGUACAAGGGACAGAGGUAUGUUUACGCCACCGACGGGAAGGAAGAUCCUCCUAAAGUUGUGCCUGGAAGUGAAAUAUCUUUCUUCAAAAAUGGGAUAUGCCAAGGGGUUGCUUUUCAGGAUCUUUAUGGUGGGCGAUACUACCCUGCAGCUUCAAUGUAUACUCUUCCCAAUCAACCAAAUUGUGUUGUCAAGUUCAACUUUGGCCCGGAUUUUGAAUUCUUUCCGGAAGAUUUUGGCGACCGCGCUGUCCCAAGACCCAUGAUUGAAGUUCCUUAUCAUGGCUAUGAUGGCAAAGUUGAGAAUGGUAAUCCGUUGGCUUCCAUCAGGAUGCGCCCGACUCUGAAAGUGGUGAAAGAGCAAGAUACUGAAGUUUUGGAAGCUGCCGAUAUAGCCAGUUAAGCGUGAGGAAAAUGCUCAGGUUGGUUGAUUGCAUUUCCAAAUGUAAAAAAAUUGUAGAAAGAUAUACUCAUCUUAAUAUCCUGUCUUCUUAUAAUGGUUAAGGAAUUUAUAUUGCAUAAACUUGCUACAUAGGUUGGAUUCUGUAAGAGUGCCAUAUGUAGAAAAUAUUAUAGUGGUGGCGGUCCACUGUCAACUUUAAAAA